AUGUCUCGUGUAUCCGACCUCGAAGGGGACGUCAAGUCCAAGCUUGACGUGAGCCACGUCGAGCACAGUGACAUCGAUUACACCCGGAACAUCAACGCCAAAAUCCGCAACCCGCUCGUCGGAAUCUCCAGAUCAGAUCUCCGAACCCAGGUCGCCGGUUUCUGCCGCGAAUUCGGCUUCGAAGAAAAGCAAGACGUCUUCUACCGCGGUGCCCUCGCGGCCCAGAACCCGGACUCAUACGACACCGUCGACGAGCUCACGCAGGACGACAAGCACUUCCUCCGCCGCGAGGUCACCCACAAGUGGCACCUCCCCAAGGACCUCUACUACAGCAUCGCCCUCUGCUCCCUCGGCUCCGCCAUCCAGGGCUGGGACAACACGGGCGCCAACGGCGCCAACCUCUCCUUCCCGCAGGAGUUCGGCAUCGAGCACAACCAGCCCCUCGUCGGCGUCAUCAACGCCGGCCCCACCCUCUUCGGCCUGCUGAGCGCCUGGGCCGCCGACCCCAUCAACAACCGCCUCGGCCGCCGCGGCACCAUCUUCCUGACCGGCCUGUUCUGCGUCUUCCCCGUGCUCGCGCAGGCCUUCACGCGGAACUGGUGGGGGCUGAUGAUCUGUCGGUUGUUCAUGGGUCUGGGUAUGGGCGUCAAGAUCUCGACCAUCCCGGUGUACUCGGCCGAGGUCGCGCCCGCGGCGGUCCGGGGCGGGAUCGUGACGAGUUUUCAGCUGUGGGUUGCUUUUGGGAUUUUCGUGGGCUUCUGCUCCAACCUGAUCUGGUACCGCAUCGGGGACCUGGCGUGGAGGUUCCAGCUCGCCGCCGCCUUUGCGCCGGCCAUUCCCGUGUUGAUCUUUGUGUGGAUGUGUCCAGAAUCGCCGCGCUGGUUGAUGAAGAAGGGCCGGUAUCAAGAGUCGUUCAAGUCCUUCUGUCGCAUCCGGAACACCGAGAUGAUGGCCGCGCGGGACCUGUACUAUGCGCAUCGGCAGGUCAUUGAAGAGAAGAACGCUUUUGGCGGGCAGACUCUCUUGCGCCGCAUGACCGAUCUCCUCACCGUCCCUCGCCUCCGCCGCGCGACCAUUGCCUCUUCCUGGAUCGUCAUCUCGCAGCAGUUUAGUGGCAUCAAUAUCAUGUCGUUCUACAGCUCCACAAUCUUCCUAGAGGCCGGUUACUCGGCCAGGGACUGUCUCCUCGCUUCCAUGGGUUUCGGUCUGGUCAUGUUCCUCUUCGCGUUUCCCGCCGUGUAUAUGAUGGACACCUUCGGUCGCAGGAACCUCCUGCUCAUAACAUUCCCCAACAUGGCGUGGUGCCUGCUGGCGGCAGGUUUGAGCUUUCUGUUAGAUAAGGGUUCGAGUGCCCGCGUCCCGCUCAUCGCGUUCUUCAUCUACCUCUUCACCGCCAUGUACGGACCCGGCAUCGGCCCGCUGCCAUCCAUCUACUUCUCCGAAGCCUUCCCGCUGUCCCACCGCGAGAUCGGCUCCGCCUUCACCAUCUGCGUCAACAACGCCGUCGGGAGCGCCCUGACGCUCUCGUUCCCCGAGCUCCUGCACAGGAUCGGACCGACCGGGGCCUUCUGCUUCUACUCCGGGCUGAACCUUCUCGCGUUCGCCGUCAUCUUUUUCAUCAUUCCGGAGACAAAACAGCGCACGUUGGAGGAGCUCGAUUACAUCUUUGGGGUUCCCACUCGUCGACACGCCGCGUACCAGUUCCACGCGAAGCUUGAGGCGUUGUAUCAUCUCGAAUAG